GCCGGCCGGUUACAGGCUGAGCGCGUCUUCCGUCCAUUCUGCAAGCAUUUAUUGUGAGCAGCUGCCUGGGGCUCAGGGGACCGAGGAGAAUUAUACGGGGUCCCUUCAGUUGAGCUCACGUCCCAGCCGCAGAGCCAGAGAAAACCGCAGAGGGUCGGGCCCGGUCAACCCCGGGAAGAGAAGCCGGGCGGAGGGGAGUCUGUGGUCCAGGAAGAUCGCCCCGAGCACCUGAGACGGAGCAGAAACCCAAAUACUUUGGGGCGCAUUUGGUAGGGGAGGAAAUGAACCUCCAGAGUGGCGCAGCCGUCCCGCGAGGUUCAAGAGCAGAGAAGUGGGACCCCCCGCCCCGGGAGCGCCCCCAGCCGCGGGGAAACAAAGUUUGCUCGCCUCAAAGUGACGCAGAGUUUCUUCAAGAGCUCUUUGGCAGCGGCUAUCUGGAGAUCAGACCAUGUGAGGGGCCGAGAGUACAAAUAGAGCGGCGCGGUCGCCGGCUCCGCACAGCGGCGGACGCCCGGGGCCUCGAGGGCGCGAGAGGGCGCCAGAGUGCGCCGCUUCCCCGCCCGGUCCAGCCUCCCUCGACCCGCCGGCAGAGCUCUCAAUCCCAUCGCUGUACAACUCCGGGGAGAUCCACAACGCCAAACACCAGGAAUUCAGUUCAGAUCCUUGGCAGAUGGGCAUCAGUGUUAUUUACUAACCAGCAAGAUGGAGACCACACCCUUGAAUUCUCAGAAGACACUGUCGGUGUAUAAGGACAGAGAGGAUUGUCAGGAAAACAGCCUUUUACAGAAGAGUGUUCCUGCGUCAGGGGAUAAAACAGAGUCUGGCCAGAUAUCCAAUGGGUACUCAGCAGCUCCCAGCUCUAGCUCGGGGGGUGACACUGGGCACUCUGUCCCAGCUGCCACCACCACCCUAGUGGCUGAGGUGCAUCAAGGGGAACGGGAGACCUGGGGCAAGAAGGUGGAUUUCCUCCUCUCAGUCAUCGGCUAUGCUGUGGACCUGGGCAACAUCUGGCGCUUUCCCUACAUAUGUUACCAGAAUGGAGGAGGAGCAUUCCUCCUUCCCUACACCAUCAUGGCCAUCUUUGGAGGGAUUCCACUCUUUUACAUGGAGCUUGCAUUGGGUCAGUACCACCGAAAUGGAUGCAUUUCUAUAUGGAGGAAAAUCUGCCCAAUUUUCAAAGGGAUUGGCUAUGCCAUCUGCAUCAUUGCCUUUUACAUUGCCUCCUACUACAACACCAUCAUGGCCUGGGCGCUCUACUACCUCAUCUCCUCCUUCACGGACCAACUACCCUGGACCAGCUGCAGGAACUCCUGGAACACUGGAAACUGCACCAACUAUUUCUCCGAGGACAAUGUCACCUGGACACUCCACUCCACGUCCCCUGCUGAAGAAUUUUAUACACGUCACAUCCUACAGAUCCACCGGUCUAAGGGACUCCAGGACAUGGGGGGCAUCAGUUGGCAGCUUACCCUCUGCAUCAUGCUUAUCUUUACCAUUAUAUACUUUAGCAUCUGGAAAGGUGUGAAGACAUCUGGCAAGGUGGUGUGGGUGACAGCUACCUUUCCUUAUAUCGUCCUUUCCAUACUGCUGGUGAGGGGGGCCACACUCCCAGGGGCAUGGAAGGGUGUUCUCUUCUACUUGAAACCGAACUGGCAGAAACUACUGGAGACGGGGGUGUGGAUCGAUGCUGCUGCUCAGAUAUUCUUCUCUCUUGGUCCAGGCUUUGGGGUCCUCCUGGCUUUUGCCAGCUAUAACAAGUUCAACAACAACUGUUACCAAGACGCCCUGGUGACCAGUUCGGUGAACUGCAUGACAAGCUUCAUUUCGGGAUUUGUCAUCUUCACGGUGCUGGGGUAUAUGGCUGAGAUGAGGAAUGAAGAUGUAUCCGAGGUGGCCAAAGAUGCAGGCCCCAGCCUCCUCUUCAUCACGUAUGCAGAAGCCAUAGCCAACAUGCCAGCAUCCACGUUUUUUGCCAUCAUCUUCUUCCUCAUGUUAAUCACACUGGGUUUGGACAGCACAUUUGCAGGCUUGGAGGGAGUGAUCACCGCUGUACUGGAUGAGUUUCCGCACAUCUGGGCCAAUCGCCGAGAGUGGUUUGUGCUUGCUGUGGUCAUUACUUGCUUCUUUGGAUCCUUGACCACCCUGACUUUUGGAGGAGCUUAUGUGGUGAAGCUGCUGGAGGAGUAUGCCACAGGGCCUGCGGUGCUCACCGUCGCGCUUAUAGAAGCAAUUGCUGUGUCUUGGUUCUAUGGUAUCACUCAGUUCUGCAGUGAUGUGAAGGAGAUGCUUGGCUUCAGCCCUGGAUGGUUUUGGAGGAUAUGCUGGGUAGCCAUCAGCCCUCUGUUUCUCCUGUUCAUCAUCUGCAGUUUUCUGAUGACCCCGCCCGAGCUACGACUUUUCCAGUAUAGUUAUCCCCAUUGGAGUGUCAUCCUGGGUUUCUGCAUAGGGAUUUCCUCUAUUAUCUGUAUCCCCACAUAUAUAACUUAUCGGCUGAUCAUCACUCCAGGGACACUGAAGGAGCGCAUUAUUAAAAGUAUCACUCCAGAAACACCAACAGAAAUUCCUUGUGGGGACAUCCGCUUGAAUGCUGUGUAACACAUACCAGUGAGAAAUGGCUUCCCAGGCCCUCCUCCAGCUCUGACGAAUCCCACCUCACCUCUAUCCUCUAAGCGAAUGAGUUGCCAGCCAAGCCUGAUGAUGAAAGGAUCUUCUUCAUGGAGACACAGUCCCAAAAGACUAUGGUGCCCAGACUUACAGCCUUCAGUCACUUCUUUCCCUUAAAUCUCCGGGACAUUAUUACUACAUUAGACUGUGAUGUAACUGAACUGGUCUGUUUUGAACAUGUGAGGGUGUGUAUGGAGGUGAUGAAAACCACCCUAUCAUUGAUUAGGAUUAGGUUUAGAAUCAAGUCUGUGAAUGUUUCCUGUGUCUUUUUUUGGUAUGAUUGUUGUUAUCUGACAUCUGUUUGCCUCUAAAGGCUUCACUGUUCAUGAAUGCAUUAAACAUUAGAAGAAAAUGGGAUGUUGUCUUGCUAGCCAUAUAUUUUCUGAAUAGCAUAGAAAUCUAUAGCUUGAAUCUACUAGAACCCUCAACCCAUGUGCUACUGUGGGUCAGGAAAGGAAGAUGUAAGAAGCUAAACUGAAAAAUAAUGUGUACAUGUGAGCAUUUGUGUCUGUUUCUAUUGUUGUAUGUUUAUAUUGUUAUGUAUGUACUCAUUUCUACUCCAAUACUUUGGGCCCAUUACAAACUAUAUGUAUUUCCUUUAAUCUUUCUUACAUUAACAAAGCCUAUCUAUUCAAAUA